AUGGAUGAAUAUCAAGAUGAAAUGGUAACGUUUAACUGAAGUCAUAAUCCAUAUAGCAUAAAAGUGCAUAUGUUUAAGCGAAAAUACCUAUAUCUUUAUACGUACAUAAUCAGUUGUUGGUCUUCAUAGAAUGAAGGUCGGAGGUUUGUGUUGGAGAAUGGAAAAACUAUGGUAAUCGACGAAGAUGGUGCCAGCAUUUUUGGAGAUUUUACAUUAAAACUUCAAGGGCAAUUGGUAUCGAAGGAGAAAGAGGACCAUGGCUACUGGGUAGCUACUUGCACAGCUGUUGCAAAAGGACGAUUGGAAACAAAGUAUAGUGUUCCCUUAAUUUAAUUAUAUUGUAGUGAUAGUGACAUUUUAGAUUUAAGAGUCUACCGUGGUCCCUCUAUAUAAACAUGCAUGAGUAUAACAUUUUAAAUCCGCAUAUUUUCUGUUUUACAUUAUAUCGCAGGACAAUUGUACUCCCAGCGACUGCAUUUGAUUCACGAAUGAGGUUCCUCCAAGAGGUCAGAAGCAGCUUAGAUUCUGCUGUUUUAAACCUUGGGGGAACAGUAACAGCUAGUACCAUAGCUGAUUACUAUGCCUUUCUGAAAGAAGAUGCGGUUAACAGCAGAACGUACUAUAGAGCAAGACAUCUAGGAUAUCAGGGGGAUGAAUAUUGGCUUUUGUCAAGUGAGGUAAUUUAUCAGAGUUUUGUGUUUUAUUUCAAAUAAACACUUGUAGACAAUAUGCUAUAAUUUGCUAACCACACCGCGCAAAUGAGAUUAUACAAUGAGUUUCGGUCAUUUACAAUAAGAAUAAGAUUGCAACAUGCAUGGCCAUUCAGGUCUCAGUCUGAGUUUAGCGCCCAAUCAAUGUUAAUAUAAAUUGUAUUGCCGUACUAUAUAUAUUGUAUAGUUGCACAUCCACAAAGGCCGAUUACUUACCCCAAGCGACCGAGAGUAUUUCAUGGACGAGGAAAUGGCCGCAUUCAGGACAACAUUGGAAAGACGUCUUCUUGGUGACCACACAUUGCGCACAGUUUGUCGCAG